AUGUGCUGGGCGCAUGCGAAAAAGAAGAUGCAGACAAGAGUGGAGCAAAGUGUGCAAAAGAAAUCUCAAAAAGAGAUCUUACAAGAUAUUGAUGCUUUACAGUGUGCCUCAACUCAGGAAAUAUUUGAUCGAGCCAGCGAAAAAUUUUUGGACAAGUGGAAAGCCGAAAAUGAUUUUGUUACAUACUUUAAAAACGAAUGGUUCAUACUAAAUCGCUUCUGGUAUUUGGGCGCAUCUCCGGGGACUCCUGCUACAAACAAUGCUCUAGAAUCUUUCAAUAAAACAAUAAAAGAUGGCGGCACGCUUCGUGAGCGUCAUCUUUUGAGGCAGUUCUUAGUAAUUGCUUCUGAUAUAGUCAAGGACUGGUCUAAUGAAUACAUGACUAACACUGAGAGACGGUUCGCUCAACUGCCGAUAGUAUCUUUAAAGACGUGGACAGAAAGUUACCAAUGGGCGAAACUGUCGAAGCAGGUGCCAUUAAAGUAUUGCACUGAGCUAGUUUGCUCAUACAGAAUUCCAGCUGGGUCGGAUUUAGAUUGCAAAAAAUAUGAAAAGCCGUGGGAAACCUUUGACGAAUACAAAGAGCAACAUUUUAGAGAGUGGGAAGUUAUAAUGCCCCGAGAAAAGGAAAAUUGGUUACACGGCACAUGCAAUUGCCCAAAGUUUCUCAAAGACUACAUUUGCAAGCAUCUCGUUGGAUUGGCGAUUCGGCUUAAGCACGUCCAGCCACCUUCAGAAGCCAGAGCUAUUCCGAUUGGCAUGAAGCGCAAAAGAGGACGACCAGCCAAAGCAAAGAAAGCAUUAAUUGUGCAG